UUACAAUUACGGUUUUCACCUAAACUCUGGCAAUGCAUCUGUGGAAAACAUUUACAACGGUUGAGUGUUUGACAACUUCAUUCAACACGAAAUACCAAAAACGCUGGACAAAGGUGACACUUCCGAUGAUUUGCGCUGGACUGUCCUGCACCCUGACCACUGGACGGCAGCGGAAGUGGCGAGCUGGGUCACGUAUGUCACCAAGACCAUCCACCUUGGAGCAGACGACACAGUCAGGGUGCAGACGGCUUUCGAAGCAAUUGGCGGGAAAGAGCUGAUCGCCAUGACGAGAAUGGACUUCGUCAGUCUCGAACCACAGCUAGGCGACACCUUGUUCGAGAUAUUCGAGAAUCUCUACCAAGCUGGAACCAUGGAACAAGGCUUUUCUCCCGGGUUACCUCCCCUGUACGAACAGAGCGAGUCUAGCGGGGACAGUUCUCCAGCUGGCAGCCCAACCAGCGCGGAGGGAGCCGCGACAUCUAGUCGAACUGGGUCGGCGUCCGAAGAGACAACAUCGGACUCUCGCCCACCGUCAUCGACAAGUUCUCCCGGUCAUACAACGUCCACGACGACGUCUACUUCCUCCCAACUCAAACCACACUGACACAUAAUCAUCUUCAUACACUGUGUACAUGGGAUGCAUUUGUUACAUAUUUAUUUGUUGACUUUAUUAUUUGACGUUCUUAAAAAGUAUGUUGGCGAAAUAUUUUAAAUUCCACUAUAAAAUAGUGCAUAUGGGGAUAUAAAUAUUACGAAUCUGGAAAAAAAGCCCCAAAGCAGACAAUAAUAUGCCAUUUACUACAUAUAUGACAAAGUUGUUAUGUUGUGGUACAUAAAACCCAGCAUUUUAAAAUAUACAACUUUCAAAAAUUAAUUGAUGAUUAUGUUGAUGUAAUUUUAUCUCUUCUCCCCCCCCCCCCCCCCUCCGCCCCCUUACACAUGUUUUGUUUUUGCAGCUGCAGUUUUCUCCACUGUAAAG